CAUGCCCCUUUCUCUUUGACCUCUGGCCGUACAAUAUGGGUAUCUCACGUGAUAGAUGGCACAAAAGACGAAAGACUGGAGGAAGAUGUCCUCCUAUUCGCAUGAAGCGAAAGUUUGAGCUGGGUCGUCCACCUGCACUCACAAAGAUUGGAGUCAAGAGGAUACAUCUUGUACGAUGCAUGGGAGGAAACAUCAAACGCCGUGCUCUGCGUCUGGACACAGGAAACUUCUCCUGGGGAUCAGAACACACUACCCGCAAGACCCGCAUCAUUGAUGUUGUGUACAAUGCAAGCAACAAUGAGUUGGUGCGUACCAAGACUCUGGUCAAGAAUGCCAUUGUUCAGAUUGACUCCACGCCAUUCCGUCAGUGGUAUGAGGCACACUAUGCUCUACCUCUUGCCAGGAAGAAGGGAGCUAAGCUGACUGAAGAUGAACAGAAGGCUUUGACUGUGUCUGGUUCCAAGAAGGUUCAAAAGAAGUUUGAGGAACGCAAGAAGACCGCCAAGGUUGCCUCGGCCCUUGAAGAGCAGUUCGGUACUGGCCGUCUCCUGGCAUGCAUUGCUUCAAGACCUGGCCAAUGCGGCCGUGCCGAUGGCUACAUCCUAGAAGGCAAGGAGCUCGACUUCUACAUGAGGAAGAUGCGUGCCAAGAAGGGCAAAUAGGUCCAAAGCCUUUCUUCUCGUGGGAGUACUGUACAAUAUCCAGAAGCAGCAACAACAAACAAAAAAUCAAUAAAAAUGUCAUAAAAAUUGAAAA